CUCUAGGCUAUGCGAUCAGCAUCAAAUAUAGGCAGCUUGACCCCAUUAAGAUAGCCCCCUCUUCUCUAAUCUGGGAAGAACAAAGCAAACCAUGAUGUUGCCAUCGUCCUUGGUGUGUGAAGACUGGUGGAUGAAUGACGGCAUAGAUCGAGCGCAUUGAUUUUAUAGUGCCUGCCAGUGAAUAAGGGAAAGUCCCUCCUACAGUCAGGGCACAGCGAUGAUGUUCUUCUUGAAUCACUUCAGGCAACGUAUGUAGUCUAUACUACGGGCCUGCCUCGCCUCCGGUUGCACGCGCCGUGCAUGGACAGGCUCGGGACUGUCGGUGCUCAUGCAGUCAGCUGAGCCCGAGCCAUCUGCACCGGGUGCGUUUCGGUAUAACGCUAUUGUUAGAUUGGUCGGUAGGUCGGUUGUAGUUGGCUAGUAAUGGAGCAUGCUGCACGAGCUUUCGCCUCGGUAUUCGGUAGGCCUACUAGUCAACUACUGAACAAAAGCGCGCAAGGCGAUACAGUGGGAUAUGAUGUGAUGUGAUGCCGCGCAGGAUCACGGCGACAGUAGCGGUGGAACGGGAAUGCGCGCGACUACGGACGAGAAUCGCUGCUAGGAUACAGAAGAGAACAUGGGGACGGGGCCGCGCGAUGACUGACUGACUUUCUCCCCGUAACGACCAUCUCUGCAUACCGAGGGGUUCAAAAAAGGAAAGAAAAAAAGAACCGACCAGCCUCUCGUUGAAGGCGUGGAGGAUCUAUCGGAGAGGAUGAAUCCCGGGGACCCUGCCCAAACCGGACCCGGUGAAGCCGGUCAGGACGGGUUGGCUAAAGCAGGGGGUGCGCAGGGGGAGGGGGUGAGAGCGGUGGAUGUGCUGACAGUUCUGAGGGAAAAAGUGGCCUUUGUUUCAGGGGGCAGGGACAAGAGAGGCGGGCCCAUCCUCACCUUCCCAGCGCGGACCAAUCAUGACCGAGUGAAACAGGAGGAUCUAAGUAGACUGGUCACCUAUCUGUCCACCAUACCCAGUGAUGACGUGCGUGCCAGGGGCUUCACGGUGGUCGUAGACAUGCGUGGUUCUAAGUGGGAGAGCGUCAAGCCGUUGCUACGGACACUCCAGGAGGGGUUCUCCGCCCACAUUCACACGGCCCUCAUCAUCAAACCAGACACCUUCUGGCAGAAACACAAGACCAACCUGGGCAGCGCCAAACUCACCUUUGAGACCAGUCUAGUGUCGGUGGAGGGCCUGUCCAAGCUGGUGGACCCGUCCCAGCUGACCUCUGACCUGUGCGGUUCUCUGGAGUAUGACCAUGUGGAGUGGACAGAGCUACGGCUGGGCCUGGAAGAGUUCUCAGGGGCUGCUGGGCAACUGCUGGCCCAGCUAGAGCAGCUGGAGGCUGGGCUGACCCGCGUAAGCGAGGCCCAGGGCGUGGAUGAGGCCCGCAAGCUGCUAGAGGAGCAUGGCCGACUACGUACCACCGUUGCCACGGCUCCCAUCGAUGCCAUAGACCGUGAGGGGCGGAGCUUGCUCCAGCGCAUGCGGCUUGGCCCCGCCCACAGCGGUGAAGCUCCUAGUGACGUGCCCAGCAGUAACCAAGGUUACGGAAGCUGGUUGUCGGGCGGGGCUGAUUUCCAGAGUGUAGCUCCGAAGGUGGCUGCCCUGCUGGAGAGGCUCCAGACUGCCAGGACACACCUGCAGCAGAGCUGGACCGAACGGAAAGCACACCUAGACCAGACCUUACAGCUGCAUCUAUACGAACAGGACGCUGCCAAGAUGUCCGAGUGGAUAGCCCACAGUAAGGAUCUGUUCCUGCAGAGUCAGACAGAGGUUGGCCUCAACCACCAGCAUGCCCUGGAACUCCAGACCCAGCACCAGCACUUCACCAUCAACUCUAUGAACGGGAGUGUGAACGUGGACGGGGUGGUCUCCGUGGCGAUGCAGCUGUGUGAGGGGUGUCACUACGGAGCGGAGCGGAUCGCGUGUGUCUCGUCACGGCUACAGGAGGACUGGAAAGGGCUGACGUCAGUGCUGGAGGAACGCAGCAACACGCUGGUCAUGUCCACCGACUUCCACCAGGGGGCAGAACAGUUCCUGGGGCGUGUGGAGGGCUGGUGUGAGGCGUGUGCUGACGACUCGUUGCCGGCUGAGAUGGCGGAGCUGGAGGCGUCCAUACAACAACACCAGACGCUCUACGAAGAGAUAACAUCAGCCUACACACAGGUCAGUGAGAGUGGUAAAGCCCUAUUGGAAGUGCUUCAGCGUCCGGCGGAGCCUGACGAGUCUGGGUUACCAGCGGCAACCACUGACUUCACAGCCGCAACGCACGGCAUCAUGGGAGUUCUGCACGAGGUCAUGCAGGGUCACCAGCAUGUUGAAGGGGCGUGGCAACACCGCAAGCUCCGCCUACACCAGCGUCUGCAGCUGUGUGUGUUCCAGCAGGACGUACGGCAGGUUCUGGACUGGGUGGAGCAGCAUGGAGAGGUGUUUCUCAAUAAGCACACCGGUGUGGGGAAGAGCCUCCACCGAGCACGAGCACUGCAGAAACGCCACGACGACUUCCAACAGGUGGCCCAGAACACCUAUACCAAUGCUGAGAAGCUGCUGGAGGCGGCAGGCCAGCUGGCCCAGUCAGGGGAGUGUGAGGAGGGGGAGAUCUACUCUGCUGCUGGGGACCUGGAGCUCCGCAUGCAGGCCUUCAUACAGAGAGUAGAGCAGAGGAAGCUACUGCUGGACCUCGCUGUCUCCUUUUACACACACACCAAAGAGCUGUCAGUGUGGAUGGAGGGUCUCCAGAGGCAGAUGGCGGGGGAGGUGUGUGUGUGUCCUGACUCAGUGGAGGCUCUACAGGCUCUUAUCAGCCAGCAGCAGCAGCAACAAGCCAACACACAGGACGCCUCGCUCUCUGUCAUCAGGGAGGGAGAGGACCUCAUUCUACAGCUCAGGCCCCAGGGCAGUUCAGUGGGCCAUGUGGAGUCAGUGCUGCAGUCGUUGGAGGAGGCCCAGGUCCAGCUGGAGGAGCUGUUCCACCAGAGGAAGAUCAGGCUGGACGUCUAUCUGCAACUACGCAUACUACAGCAGUGUUCUCAGGAGGUGUCAGGGGAGAUGGAGGCAUGGAAGCAGGACCUCCAGAAGCAGGCCCAGGACAUCACCACAGAGAAGCUAACGCUAGCACAACCGCGGCUAGUGGAAGCAAACCAAGAGAAGCUAGCAUUAGCGCAACCGCGGCUAGUGGAUGCUAACCCAGAAGGGCUAACGUUAGCGCAGCAGCGCAUACACAGACACAUGGAGCGACGGCUAGCCAUGAACAACAUGACCUAUGAGGUCGUACAGCAGGGUCACGACCUUCAGCAAUACAUCACCGAAGUACAGUCCUCAGGUAUUCAGCUGACCGCUGAGGGGGAGACUGAUCUGUCCUCUCAGGUGGAGGGGCUCCAUCAGCUUCUACAGGACAAGCAGAAGGAGCUGCACCAGAUAGUCGAACACACACACACACACCUGGAGCAGGGCUUGCAGCUACGCCACCUACAGAGUCAGGUGAACCAGGUGCUGGGCUGGAUCAGUGAAGGAGAGGUGAUGUUGUCUUCCUGUAUGGUGAACUCCAGCUCUCUGUCCGAGGCUGAACAGCUACAGAGAGAACAUGAGCGCCUCCAACAGGCCAUAGAGUCUCUGCUUCAUGCUGACUCUCUCCAGAGGACCCACCAGGUGGCGCUGGCGCUGCAGCAGCGGGCAGAGCUGCUGGUGAGGGCGGGCCACUACGACCCAGAGGCAGUGAGGGCGUGUGCCCAGACGGUGGCGCUACACUGGCAGACCCUGAUGCUGCGGAUGGAGGACCGCCUCAAACUGGUCAACGCCUCCGCAGCCUUCUACCGGACCUCACAACAGGUAUGUGGUGUGUUGGAGAGCCUGGAACAGGAGUAUCGUAGGGACGAAGACUGGUGUGGUGGCGGAGAGAGGCAGGGGAGCAGGGGCCAGCCGGAGCACCUCAUUCCCCUCAUCAACAAACACAUGGAACAAAAAGAAGCCUUCCUCAAGGCAUGCACCCUGGCCAGACGCAACGCAGAGGUCUUCCUCAAGUACAUCCACCGCAACAGCGUUACUAUGGCAACCAUCUCCGGGCACAGUGCAGGCGCAGAGGUCACUGGUCACUCCCGUGUGCCUGAGCAGCAGGUCAAAGGUAUCCUCAGUGAGCUCCUGCAGAGGGAGAACAGGGUUCUACAUUUCUGGACUUUGAAGAAGCGUCGUCUGGACCAGUGUCAACAGUACCUGCUGUUCCAGAGCCACACCCAACAGGUGAGCAUUGGAUUGCUGCAACAGAGUGGUGAGCACUACCUGUCCACUCACACAUCGCCAGGGCAACCAGUGCAGAGCCAGGACCUGCUGGCUCAACACAGGGAAUUCUGCAUCUCGGCUAAGCACACUCAGGAGAAGGUGCACCUGCUGAUUCAGCUGGCUGAGAGCAUGCUGGGCAAGGGCCACUCCCACAGGGUGGAGCUACGGAGGUGCGUGUCGACGGUGGACAAGCGCUACCGAGAGUUCUCCAUGCGCAUGGGCCAGUACCGGAACACACUGGAGACUGCACUGGGAGGCUGCACUCAGGACAAUAAGGACCUGGAGCUGGAGCUCAUCCCCAACAGCCUCUCUGACUCUGACCCCGAAGUGAACCUGAACGACCCUAACCACGAGGUCAGCGACGAGAAGAGGAGGACGGCCAGGAAGAAAGAGUGA